AGCGUGUCUGUGCGGAGGUGGGGGGCGUUUGAGAGUGGAGUGACUGGCAACCCUCGUCAGCACACAAUAGACAGCCCGCACCUUCUGGAGCAGAUGUGGGAGAAACGGUCUCCGAUUGACCUGUAAGUUGUCUCUGGCAGCAGUUCAGUUUUAGGCUUCAUAUGAACAAGGAGGUGUUGGCAGAUCCAGAUAUUAAUAAAUUACCCCAUGGGGAUACCCAAAAAAUCAUCUACCUGCGCUAACCUUCCUCUUCUCCUCCCCACUUCCUUUUUCACUCACUGGGAAAACAUGACUUAUGAUUUGCCCAAGCAAGGCCAUAUAUGGAUUUGUACUGACUACAGCAGGCGGUAAACCUCUCUGUGAAAUACGUGCAACAUGACUUCUGCUUUAACUGCUGGUUGAUGUAUUGUUCCCAGAAGUUUUGGUUGAAUGUAUGUGGAUUAUGAAAGAUCCAUGUGGAUAUUUUGAGCGCAGACAGAAAAGUAGGGCUUGGAAGGAGUGUUGUUGUUGGGAACAGAAGUAGAGCCCCAUCUCUGGAUUAGCCGGAUUCCACCACCGCAGCUGCCUUUAUGCAGGUGGAAAUGGCACCCAAGAACGCUGACUCGGAGGCCAUGCGAGUGUUGGACAUGGCGGUAGUGCCCACUAAGGGUCCAAGUGGUAAGACAAGCAGAGAAAGAGAGGUGGAGGUUUCAGAAGAGUCGGCCAGCGAGGGUUCUGUGGACCACAUCCCAAAGCGCCUAUGGGUUAUGCAUGGAGCUGUCAUGUUUGGCCGUGAGUUCUGCUAUGCCAUGGAAACAGCGCUGGUCACUCCUGUGCUGCUGCAAAUAGGUCUUCCAGAGCAGUACUACAGCCUUACAUGGUUCCUUAGCCCCAUUUUGGGUUUAAUCCUUACCCCUCUGAUUGGCUCAGCAAGUGACCGCUGUACCCUCAGAUGGGGUCGGAGGAGGCCGUUCAUUCUAGCUCUCUGUGUAGGGGUGUUGAUAGGCGUGGCACUGUUUCUCAAUGGAUCUCUAGUUGGCCUGUCUGUUGGAGAUGUUCCUGGUAACCAGCUCAUUGGAAUAGUUCUUACAGUCUUGGGUGUUGUGGUACUGGACUUUUGUGCUGAUGCUUCGGAGGGACCAAUCAGAGCCUACCUGCUGGAUGUAGCUGAUACAGAAGAGCAGGACAUGGCUCUCAAUAUUCAUGCCUUUUCUGCAGGAUUGGGGGGAGCUGUGGGCUACAUGCUUGGAGGUCUGGACUGGAAAAACACUGUCUUGGGUCGUGCAUUCAAGGCCCAAGAGCAAGUGCUCUUCUUCUUUGCAGCCAUCAUCUUUGUAAUUUCUGUGACACUUCACCUUUUUAGCAUUAAGGAGCAUCCAUACAGCCCCCAUCAGCAGGAGGCACUUGAGGCAGAAGAUGCAGAGAGCUCCUCGCCUGUUCAGGUUAAUGGAACCCUUCCUUGCACUCGCCUAAUGCCUCAACUGGACCUUAUUGAUGAGGAAGGACCUUUUGAAACCUUUGAGGACAAUCAGUCUGAGAGACAUGUCCAAAUAGACUUCCUAAAUGUACGGAGUAAAAGUGACUCUGUUCUUGCUGUACCAGACACUACCAUUGAACUUGAUCCAGAUUUAGCAAUAGAUCUUGAUAGUCACUUUCUCAGUGACAUAGAAUCAACUUUGUUCCAGGAUUUGAAGGACGCCCAUGAGAAUGAAAGGCCAUUCGAUCAUUGCCACAACAGCACCUGCCACACUAGUCAGUGCUCAGAUUCUUCAGUCCACCAGGUAGCUCCUUGUAAGGAAGAAUGUCCCUUUUCAACUGUCAAAGCAAUCAAUGGUGACCUUGCUGGAGCCAGCAACCCAGCAAUCGUCUCUGUGUGUGCCUUAAGCUACCAAAACAAAGCUGGUGGGCGUCAUUUCAACACCAGCACAACAGUGCGUUGCCGACACCCCUCCUUCUACCGGCAACCUUCCUUUACCUUCUCUUACCAUGGGCGGAUGGGCUUCCUGCGGCCUCGGCGCCGUGGCAACGCAGCACACCCAAUCAAGUCAUCACGAAGCCUGAAUGACAUUGAUACAUUAGCAAGGCGGCAACACAGACGGAAGCUGCAGCAGAGUGGUAGCGCAUCAUCAGAGCCUGAUGAGGAAGAUGGAGAGAGUGAGCAAGGAGAAAGUGGUACGACGGUAAAGUUGCUAUGGCUCUCCAUGCUGAAGAUGCCACCACAGCUUUGGCGGCUAUGUGUGUGCCAUCUCCUCACGUGGUUCUCCAUCAUUGCUCAGGCUGUUUUCUACACUGACUUCAUGGGGCAGGUCAUCUAUGAAGGAGAUCCAACGGCGGCUGCAAACUCAACCGCUCUUCAGAACUACCAUAAGGGUGUGCAGAUGGGUUGCUGGGGGCUAGUUAUCUAUGCUGCCACUGCUGCCAUCUGCUCAGCUGUGCUUCAGAAGUACCUUGACAACUAUGACCUGAGUAUUAAGAUCAUCUACAUGCUGGGAACUCUAGGCUUUGCUGUGGGCACAGGCGUAAUGGCCGUCUUUCCCAAUGUAUAUAUUGCCAUGAUAAUGAUAAGCACCAUGGGCAUCAUCUCUAUGAGUAUUUCAUACUGUCCUUAUGCUCUUCUGGGGCAGUACCAUGAAAUCAAAGAGUACAUUCGCCACAGUCCAGGCAACUCGCGCAGAGGCUUUGGUAUUGACUGUGCCAUCCUGUCAUGCCAGGUUUACAUUUCUCAGAUUUUGGUGGCGUCAGCUCUUGGUGCAGUUGUGGAAGCUGUAGGCACAGUGAGGGUCAUCCCAAUGGUGGCUUCAGGGGGCUCCUUCCUAGGCUUCCUCACUGCUGCCUUCCUUGUCAUUUACCCUGAAACCCCUGAUGAAGAUGAUGAUGAUGAUGAAGAUGAACAAGUCUUGAGCUCAGUGUGAGCACCUUGAUGGAAAAAUGGACCCAAGUCACACUAAACACAAAGUGCCAAAGUUAAGGAACUUUGCCUGCGUGCUGCAGGUUGAAUCCUAAAGUUCAUUCUUUGGCUGUGAACUACACAGUGAGCUGCACCUCUCAGAUUGCACCGCUCAUAAGUAGUAGUUGUGGACUUGAGGAAAGACCAUGCUACCAACCAGUAAAAUCCUCUCCAUUAGUAUAUUACAGAUGACCUCAUGCAGGGGCCUGCAGCACUCACACAACGAAUGUAUAUCUGUUAAAAUGGUACUGAAACCGUUGCAUUUUGA